UAGUUAGUCGCAGUGUGAAUCGAUGUACUAUAUUUGACAGCCUGCUUAUUUUCUACAGUAAAUUUAUACAGACGCUGAAAUUUUGCUCAAGAGCUAUAAAAAAGGUGUUUCAAUUAUGAAAAAACAAAGCGCUAAAAAGCGAUCAGUUACCGAAGAUGAAAAUAAAUCCCGAAAGAAAACAAAAACAGAGAAAUAUCCAAUUGGUGAUGGCGAAAGAGCAGACACAGAAAGUUCAUUAUCGUCGAACACAACAAGCCCGAAAGAUUCAACGUCAUCCCAAGAAUCUGAAAUAUGUAGCUUCAAGGACUAUCAGCCAGAUCUAAGUAACCUUUCAAUGCCAACAACCGAACGCAUUCUAGAGCCCUUAUCGUCAGAUGUGGGCAUUGGGGAUACUUUUGGACUCCCAUUUAUGUUCAACGACGAUAUGCAAUUUGUGGAAUCAUUUGACCUGUCGAAAAACGUUGAUAAUCAGCAGCAUAAUUCAUUCAAGCCUUCAGAAGCAGAUGUUGAGCUAGAGACAAUCGUACAACCCAUUUGUUUCAGUGAUAUGGAAGUAUUCCAAGGUUCGGUGGACGAACAGGUCAAUAAAUACAGUUCUAAAACUAAUCAAGCUGAUAUUGCUCUCAAGAUCAGAGAGGACAACGAAAAUAAAGAACUAACAGCUCAGCGAUUUUCUAGUUUUGAAGAAGAGUUAUUGGCAACACUAACAAGAACAAAGUCGAGGAAAGACGAACUGUGUUCCUCUGAUGAUUUUCAAGAGGCUUUGGCAAAGCUCCCACGAAAAGCGCUGUUCAAGGAUAGGAAACAAUCACGCCUGCAAAAAUCAAGCGAUAAGGUGGCAAGCAGCAAAUCUAAUGCUGGAAGUUGCGAUAAUUCCGAUUUCGAAUUUAGCGAUUCGGAUAUAUCCUCGGGAAUUGGACAGAUAGAAGAUUCCAAUGACGAAUCACAUUCAUCAUAUUCACCCAUUUCCUUUGAAAAUUCUGACGAUAAUUUGGAAAAGGAGGGCGAGUCUAGUGGGAGAGUGAAGAAAUUAAGUCGCAAACACUUGUCCCCGAACUGUGAUAAAAAUCCAAACAUUUUAAACAUAGAGGCCGCUCUUUCAGGCCUUGUGAAUUUGGAUGACGUUGGGCCCACUACUGAUACUGCCCCGAAAGCUACGAAUCAGAGUUCGAAAUCAACGAAGAUUCCGACACCAUCAAAAGUUCAACUGAUGCAACGAUUAUUGAACCAACAAACUUCAUCUAGAAAGAAUAACUCCACUCACAAGAGCCAACCGCUUUCGCAAGAACCGCUUUUGUUUAUCGCAGAGGCAAUGCAAGCAACAGACCCAUUAUUUCCCAAUUUAAAACCUAUGGAAUUAACGGAAACAAGUGAGUCCCCAAUCAAAUCCAGUGCAUCUCCAAAAAGUCAGUCAGCUGAAGAACAAAAAAAGAACAUUGAUUCACGCACGCAAAGUGGCGAUAAUAAUAGCCCAGGAAAUUCAGGAAGCAGAGAAUCUUCUUCUGUUAGUUGCGCAGAGAAAAAACGACACCUCGAAGAGAAAUUAACGAAAUUGUCAAGCACUCCGAAGGAGAGAGAAGAGAAGUACAACAUAUCACCAGCCAGUAAUAUGUUUUCGCCACGUUCAGCUAAGGAAACGGACAGCGAUGAUUCGGUUUGGCGACGUAAGUCUCAAGCGUCAAAAAAUGACGGUCACAGGGAUUUUUACGAAGAUGAUAGCACAUUUGAAGAUGAUAAGCUUAACUCUGACGAUGAUGAAGACCAUACGAAUUCGGAUCUACCCUAUUCAAAUCUGCUUAACGACUACGAGCAACUCUUUCAUGAGAUUCGCAAGAUUAUCGAUAGAGUACCCAAUCGCUUUAAGUAUGAAAUAUACAAUCUUCUGUAUCCAACGUUGGCAGUGGUCUAUCUCCGAAUGAUUUCCAGCGGCAAGUACCGAAAGGGCAAGGCGUUUGUGGAAAGCUCUCUACGCUAUAUUGAUCAUUCAUAUAUGGCUCGUGUGGAUAAGCUAAUGGUAUUGCAAACCCCGGGGGAUAUGCCGAAUAAAGCUAGAAAGUUGAUCAGCGAUGAAAACGCACAGGUUCCAGUCUCAAUGUUUGAAGAGACCUAUUAUGUAUUGCUACUCUGCAUGGAGUCCUGGAGUCGUUCCCUACAGAUGACGUUCAUAAGACAUUUCGACCUAUAUCCGGACUUUAACAACGGCGAACCUCGUCAGCACAGUCGCAUUGGUUCUGCUAUUUUGGAUAAAAUAUUCUGGGCUACUCCCGAGACCGUCAAAGACAAUAAAGAGAGCAGUCCGCGACCAAUGCGGCGCAGGCGCUUUAAGAAGGACAAACCUUCUCCCACUAGAAAUGUCCAUUUGCCAUCAGGCAAUCGUCUCUAUACUCCUACUCCAAAGCGUUGGGAUCUGGAACGACACAAAGACGACGAGGAACGCCGGGUGCCGCUUGGCCGCAACAACCUGCCAUCGACCUAUCUAUACACGGCACUUGAAAGUGUUGAGACUAUAAUCUGUGCCACAUUCUCCAACAAAACCACAAUGCUCUCUAUUGGCACCUCCUCUUCCGCCAUUCACGUUUUCGCGCUGACAGCCUCAAAGCUGGUGCAGAUCAAGUCGGCCAAGUGCCUUAAGAGGCUUGACACAAGCAUGUCCGGCAUAGACGAGAGCAUGUUGGACGCGACCAAAAGAAAAACGAGACGCACACUCUAUGGUCACCAAGGAGCCGUGUACGGAUGCACAUUUGCUCCACACGAUCGUUUCCUGCUCAGCUGCGCGCAGGAUCGCACUGUGCGCUGUUGGUGUCUGCUCUCAUGGAGCUGUGUUGUCGUCUAUCCGGGACACUGUGGGGCCGUCUACAGCGUUAGCUAUGCACCGUUGGGUUAUUAUUUCGCCACCGCCUCGGAUGAUCGCACGGCACGCAUUUGGACGCAGGAUAGCAAGAAGUCAGUCUGCAUACUCGUCGGACAUUUGGCGGAGGUUGUCUGCUGUCAAUUCCAUCCAAACAGGCAUUACCUGGCCACUGGCUCAGCCGACUGCACUGUGCGCAUGUGGGACAUUGUAAAAGCCGUACAGGUACGCGUUUUCAGUGGUCACAGAAGUACUAUUAAUGAUCUGGCCUACUCCAUGUGUGGACGCUACUUGGCCUCCGGAGCUGACGAUAACUUUGUUAUUGUUUGGGACGCUGAUAAAGAGGAAUUGGUCCGCUGUCUGUCUCAUCACACUGCACCCAUUAACUGCAUUGAGUUUGCGCUGGAUAACAAACUAUUAAUGGUAGGUGGCAAUGACUGCCAGAUGACCAUUUGGGAUUUUGAGCGCUUAAUUCAGGAAUAUGAUCCUGAGAAACCAAAAACGGCCAACAGCCAUAAUGGCAGCGUCGCGGCAACAGAACCCAAUAGAGCAGAGCUAAGCAGUGAAGAUUUCUUGAUCAAGGCAUAUGCCAGCAGGGGAACCCCAUUCUAUAAAUUAUGUAUUACACGAAGAAACCUCCUGCUAGGUUUCUGUGUCAAACGAGCUGAUUAUGCAUUAAAGGAGUCAAAGCAAAAAUCUACUAACGAUAAUAAGUACACAGAAUGGCUCGAGUUUUUGGACAUUCUAAAGCUGAAGUCGAUCUUUGCACAGACAAACAAAGGGGAAUCAAAUGAAAUCGAACGGAUGCGAGAGCCAGAACACUUAAUAAAUCUCGAUGUCGAAACCUCUGAUGAUGACCUUGAAGAUUCAUUAAAGUAUGGACAUGAAGAAUUCUUUGAGGAUAAUGAAGAAGAUAUGGAGUCACUUAGGUAUUCUGAGUAUGAAUAUUUUGAGGAUGAUGAAGAUUCAGACACAUUAAGUAGUCCCGAUGUAGAAUCCUUCGAGGAUGAUGACGAAGAUUCAGAAACGAUAGAACAUAAUAUAGAUUCCUUGGAAUAUAAUUUCGAGGACACAUUAAGCAUUUCCAAUACUGAAUAUGUUUCCGAUGACAGAGAAGAUUCCGAUAUUGAAAAGAAUUCCGAUGGUGAAACUUUUGAGAGUGAUGAAUGCUUGGAAGCAUUAGAAAACCCCAGUAAUGAGAAUAAUGAAGAAGAUUCUUAUGUUGAGCAUGAUAAUAAAGAGCAUGAGCUAUCACGGAACUCCGACCCUGCAUAUUCUGAGGAUGAUGACCAAGAGUCAGAGAAACUAAAGAGUCCUAAGGUUAGAAUAAGGAACGCCGAUGUUGAAUCUGUUAAGAUUCAUCAAGAGAACACAAAAACAUUAUGCGGUUCCGAUAUUGAAUAUUUGGAUAAAAAUGAAGAUGAAAGAGAAAAAUUAAACAAACCCGAUAUUAAACGCUUGGAGAAUAAUAAUGAAGAAUCCGAAAUUAUACCGAAUAGCGAUGUUAAUGAAGGCUCAGAAUCACUAAGGAAUCGGGGUGUUGAAUGUUUUAAAGAUGAUAAAAAAGUAUCAGAAAAAGUAAAAACUUCCAAUGAAGAAUGCUCUAAAAAUGAUGAAGAGUACGAUCUUGAAUCUGUAGCAGACGAUAAAGAAUCAGAAACAGUAAAUAGUCUGGCUGCUAGAUCUUCGGAAGAUGAAAAAGGUAUAACAGAACCAAUAUUGAGUUCCGAUGGCGAUGAUGAAGGAGAGGAGGAUUAUGAAGAAGAUUCAAAUGAAUUGAAGAAUCCCGAUGUUGGAUCCCAAAAUAAUGAUGAAGAAGAAACGACACUUUUAAAGCAUCGCAAUGUUGACUAUAAGGAUAACGAAGAGGAAUUAGGAACACUAAAGACUUCCGAUGACUUUAAUGAUGAAGAAGACACAGAACCAUUAACUAAUCGGGGUAAUGCGGACGACUCAAAAAUAUCAAAGAAUAUUGAAGAAGAGUUCGAAACGGUAGAGAAUAUCAAUGUUGAAUCAUUUAAUUCUGAUAAAAAUGCCGAAUCCCUAAGGAAUUCCGAUGAAGAAGAAGACGAAGAUGAUGAGGAGGAAGAGGAUGAUGAUGAUGACGAAGUUGACGAAGAUAACGAACCUGACCAAGAUGAUGAAGAUGGUAAAGGUGAUGAAGGUGAAGAUGAUGAAAAAGAUCAUGAAGAUGAAGAAGAGGUAGAUGAAGGCGAAGAAAACUUGGAAAUUAUAAAUAAUUCUGAUGCUGAGAACUCACACGAUGAUGAAGAGUUUGAAAAGGUAGAUAAUUUCGAUGUUGAAUUCUUUGAUGCAGAUAAAGAGACGGUAGAGCUUCAGAAUUCUGACGUUGAAACCAUUGAGGAAGAUGAAGAUCAGUCAGAAAAAUUAUUGAGUCAUGAGGGUAAGAACAAGGAGAAUGACGAAGAAGAGUUAAAAUCAGAAGAGAACACCGAUGUUGAAUCUUUUGAUAAUGAUAGAGUCUUAACAGAAACUUCAAUGGAUUCCGAUAUUGAAUCCUUUGAAGAAAACAAAUAUAAGAAAGAGGAAGAAAUGGAUUAUGGCGAGAAGCUAACUAUGAACGGUGAGAAAGGGAUGAUAAGAACAGAAGAAAUUGAUGAUGUUGGAAUAAUAAGGAAUCUUGAUGAUGACAACAUGGAUGAUAAUGAAGAGUCAAAAAUUGAUGUUGAAUCUAUUGAUGAUUAUAAAGAAGUGACGGAACCGUUAAGGAAUUCCGCUGAUGAAUUCUCUGAAGAAGCACAGAAUUCCGAUGUAAGUGAAGAAGAGGAGAAUGAUGAAGAUAAGCUAAUAACUGUUGAAAAUGCCGAUGUUAAAUUAUAUUAUGUUAAUAUUGAAGAGGCAGAAUCCUCAAGGAAUUCCUUGGAGGAAAAUGAAAGGGUGAUGAGAGAUGAUAAAGAGGAGCAAAAAAUAAGGACCGGUGUCCCUUAAGGAAAAUGAAAAGAAGACAGAAAUAGUUAAGAAUUCUGAUGUUGAGUACUUGAAGAACGAUGAAAAUAAGUUAGAAAUGGAAGUGAUUCCCCAUGUUAAAUUCACGGAGGAUGACAUGAGACAUCCCUUGUCCUCCCAUGUUAUAUCCCUUGAUGAUAUAGACGGGACAGAUCCAUUAAGCAAUGUCGAUGUUGAUUUCCUUAAAGAAGUAAUUAGUAUUAUAUUAGAUUAUUAGUAAAGAAGACCAAUGUUUUGUUCAUGGAGAGUGAUGAAAAAGUUUUAGGAGCAGUAGAGGAUCCUGAUGUUAAAUUUAUUGAGGAAUUUUUUGGAAUAUUUGGCAAAGAAAGAACAGAAGUUAAGCUAUUCGUCAAGGAUGAUGAUGAUGAAUUAAAUGUGGAUGAGGAAUCAAAAACAUUGAAGAAAGUCCAUGUCGAACCAUUUAACGACAAUAAAUAUACAGAACGACUAAAUAAACCCAAUGCUGAACCCGUCUACAAUAUUGAUUAUGAAUGCUUAGAUAAAGAUGAAGACCAACAAACUACUAAGUAUUCAGAAAUAAGAUGUCCCGAAGAGCUAAAAAUAUUACACAAUCCCGUUGAAUCUUACGAAUGGCAUGAAAAUCACGUAGCACUAAAUAAUCUACAUGUUCAAUCUGUAAACGAUGAUAUUGAAUCAAAAACAUUUAGAAAUCCCGAAGUUAAAUAUAUAGAUGUUCAAUCCAUUGGGGAUAUGGAAGAGUCAAAAAUGUUUGAAAUGUUGUAGAAAAAUCAGAAACAGAAAAGACGACAUCUUUUAAUUUCUUGAAAGCUGAUAAAGGGCCAGCUAAAUUGAUUGAUUUGGAUCUUGAAACAAUGGAUAAUAAAGAGUCAGAAUCAUUUAAAACCUUCAUUUAGGGUUAGAAAUGUUAACAAGGACCGAUGUUAAAACUAUGGAAGAUCAAGUGUUUCGAAUUUU